AUGGUUGCCGACAACUCCACCAGUCCCCAGAUUCUCCGCAAACUCGGCCACAGUGAACACUUCUCCUCCACCCGUCACCAUCUCGGCAUCUACCGCUGCGUCACCGUCUCAUGCCGCCAUCUCUACCCCCAAUCCUCACCUUCUCUCCCUCAAGGCGUCGAAAUCAGCCCAUCCUUCUUCGCUGCCCUCGCCUCCAUUGUCAAACAGCAGCCCGCACUCCGCGUAGGCAUUACCGGCGAGGACUCUGGCAACGCUCACUUCACGCACAUCCCGCAAUUUGAUCUGCGUGACCACGUCUCUGUUCAAUCAGUGCCCUGUGAGACGGCACAGGAGUAUGAAGACAAAAUCGCCGAGCAUCAAGGCUGGGAACAUGACCAGAAAUGGCAGGACCUAGAAACACGCCCACCGUGGAGAAUCACAAUCUUACGGCCCACCAGCAACAAUGAAGCUAUCUUGUCCCAGCUCGGCGGACAGGAAGACGUCUUCUUUGCCUUUCAUCACUCCCUCAUGGACGGAACCAGCGGCCGCCUCUUCCACGAGCUGCUGCUCUCAGCCCUGGCCGCCCACCAAGACCAGGAUAAAGAAAUCCCAACCGAGCUCUCCUUUCCAGAACCAGCCUCGCUCCCCGAGCCCCUCGAGGCCGCCGUCAACUUCACGCUCUCCUUCCGCUUCGUGGUCAGCAUCCUGUGGAACCACUUCGCCCCCUCGUUCCUCAAGCCCAAGAAGCAGCCCAUCUGGAGCGCAAAGCCCGUCGACUUCGCGUUGGCCUUCAAGACACGCAUCAAGCCCGUCGACAUCUCCCCCGAGACCUUGUCCGUCCUUCUAGACGCCUGCAGAAGCCACUCCGUCACGCUCACGGCGCUGCUUCACUCCCUCGUGCUGGCUUCGCUCGCCAAGCGUCUCUCUUCGUCUCCCGCAGAAUCUCCCGCCUUUGUAUCCGGCACGCCCAUCAACCUCAGGCCAUAUCUCACCAAGAAGCCCGACGACAAGACAUCCGGAUCCACGACUCUGCGCUGCCUCGUCAGCACCUGCGACCACCAAUUCUCCCCAAAGACCAUCUCAGCCCUGCGUGCUCCCGACGCAGACAUCAACGCGCUGAUAUGGGAAAACGCCCUCCAGGUCAAGAAAGAGCUCGCUGCCAAGCUCGCCCUCACCCCCAGAGACGACAUCACGGCCAUGCUCAAGUUUGUUGGCGACUGGGACGCUUUCUGGCGCGGCAAGGACGGCAAGCCGCGCACCGAGUCGUGGGAGAUUAGCAACAUUGGCGUGCUGAAGAGCGCUGAGACGGCAAACAACAGCCCCAAGGCCACUCGCAUGUUAUUCUCCAACGGCGCGAUGGUUGCCGGGCCUCCUAUUGGUGUUGACGUGGCGAGCGUUGCAGGAUCCAAGCUCACUGUUAGCUUGUCCUGGCAGGAUACAAUUGUGGACGACGAGUUGAUGGACCAGCUGAGAAGUGAUUUACGAGGAUAUGCUGACAAGUUCUCCGAGACUGGCAGCUCUUUUGUCUAG